CAUACAUCACCAGCCCAUCAAGGGAUACAAAUUUUUUUUUCCUCUCUCUCUCUCUCUAGCAGGGCAAGGACUUUGGAAGUAAACUCACCAUUUGAACUAGAGAGAAAAGAAGUUAAACUCUGCUCUUUAUGGAUCUGGGAACUGAGAGGACAGUUAAUUGCAACUGGAUUUUAAACACUGAAUUGAAUUAUGCAGAUAACAAAUGAAGUACUAAGAAGAGCUGAAGAACAUUGAACCAUUAAUUAUGCAGUUUUUUUGGGCAUAAAUUAGGAGAUACUUGGAAGUUUUACAAUGGAUCUACUUAACAAUGCUGUAUGUCUAAGUAGACUGUAUUUAUACAUUAAUGGUGUAGAUCUGAGAACCUCUAAAAUAUUCACCUGAAACAAGAGCUCCUUUACUGACACCAUCUUCUCCCUGAAGAUUUCGUCAAGGAGAUAUGGGUUGGAGGCGUCGAUAUUGCCCCAGCCCAGUGCUUGUGGCUUUGGUAGUGGUAGCUUGUGUUUUCUACCACAGUAUGACGCCACUGUGGAGAAGGACGUGUGCAUCACCUGAUGCUACAUGUGGAUCUACAACUGACAACUUGGGUGUGACAAAUUACAGUAAGAUCUGCCUCUACAACUGGACCUGCCUGUAUAGGAAGCUAAAUGAGUUUGGGGAAUCGGUUAAAAAUCAUGUAACGUCCAGAACCAAGAAAAGGGCCUUUUUGCACGUGCAUCCAUCUGUUGGUAAUGAUGAUACAAACCUAUAUAAACAUAUACUUGCAAAGCUGGGAUAUAAAGUCAUUUCAGUAGAUGGCAUGGUGUCAUUUAACAGGAAGAGGGAGGAACUCUACCAAGAUAUGGUGAUCUACAGAGAUGCUUUUAUCUACAUUCCGUCUAAUACAAGUUUAGUCACAAAUUGUAUGGAAAAAAGAGAACUGGCUGAAUCACUGCAAAUGAGAAAGGUGAAUGUUUUGCCAGCAAUACAAAAACUUUUGUGCAGGAAAGACAGGAUCUGUGAUAUGGCUGCAAAAUGUCCAGGGCUACAGAAUCUUCCAUUGUGUUCUACUUUUGGCGUUUCAAGAGGUGAAACUAACGCAAAAUUUACACCAACUCAUGAUACUAACCAAGCCUUUAAGACAUUAUUAAAAGAAUCGCCAGACGUACCACUCAUCAGAGCAUUUGUGCUUGUGACAUCAAUAUCACCUCUGCGAGCAUUUAUUCAUUCAUCUGGGAUUGUCAGAAUCCAAACUAAUAGAAGAUUUGUUCCCAUAAAGCUGCAGGCUUUUUGUGACACUUUCUUCAACCUGAGCUCAUCCUUUCAAUCCUUUAAUACUGUGAAGGAAACAAUCAGUAAACUUUUGCUGACAGCUGAGAUAUUAAGUGAAGUCAAUGCUUUGGAGACAAUUUCUUUUAAAAGAUGCAAGGAAUGUUCUCAACUAUUAACAUUUGAUAUUGGAUACAGCAGCUCGUUAGAUCCAGUUGUGCUUGAAGUUAAAGAGCAUUUUCAGUUUGAAUCCGUUGAUUUGGAGAACAAAAAAACCAAAGAGCUCAUUCUUGAAGAUGCAUUUAAAUUCAUUUUACACAACAAACCAAAUAUGCUUUUAAAGGGUGCACAAACAUUUUCUUAUGUGAAGAAAGAUAUUUGCUGGAAGAAUCCUAUUCCAGAUUUGAUGUUGGAAGGAAUACACCUAUUAUUCCAGUUUGCACAAGAACUCACAAGUUUGGGAGAAUUUGAAAUGCUUUACCCUUCCACCUCCUCUAACCUUGGAACUUUUAUAAAUGAACUUUACCUCACAGUUCAACCAAUGCAGAAACUGGUACCGAUUCUAACAAUGCAUUGUUUACUUGCUGAUAUGCUUGCACAUUUUCAGAAGAAACAAACUGAAUCUACCAAUACAAGUUCUACAGUGAGGAACACAUUACCUGAAAAAGCAGAAGAGGGACAACUCUCAUUUACAGAUGUCAAUGCCAGACUGAAAGGAGAUAAAAAACAGAAGACAUGUAGUAAUGAGGAUGAUACACAAUCGCACAUUAGGAAUAUCUUCAGCAAUCCUCCACUGGACCUGACUCCUCCAUUUAGCCCAAGGAUCAAAGACUACUAUGCAGAAGUACCAUUUGAUGUAGUGACAGUGGAGAUUGGAGCAGAAGCUGCCAACUGCAAGAGCCAAGUCCACCUGGAUGAGAGGGAAGGCCUAAGUGUUGGUAUUUAUCCUCUUGGCUUGGGUCCAAAUCAAAUCACCAUACAUGUCACAGAUGACUCAAAACCAUCCACUGUGUUACUGAGAAGCUAUAGAAUAACAGUGAGCCGCGAAGAUCGCCCAAGUCUGCCACUAUUCGACCAGUAUAAGAUGUGUGGUUUCAUACAGGAUUGUGGCUUGAUAAUCCAUUCAAAAGAACCUUGUGGGUUACAGCCUUUGUCUGCAGAAACUUUGCUCAGUCUUUUCCAAGCACAGCAAAGAAAAUGUGAGAGUGGAGAUGCAAAAGGCCAAUGGAUUGUUCCUUGUCUGAGCUGUACUGAUAACAGAACAUGUGAUUGGCGAGCCAUAUCCUGGCAACCCUAUAAUUGUCAACACCCCGUCUUAUUAAAAAAUGAAUUGCAACAGUGCUUGAAAGAAAGAAAGAUUCUAUUUAUUGGAGACUCUACUAACAGAGGAAUGAUGUACUACCUGAUGGAACGAUUAAAUGAAACUUUGCAAGAGUGGCAGAAGUCUCAUGACAUGAAAUUCUAUAACAACAUAAAUAAUGGGAAAACAUUUAUCAGUUAUUCUUACUAUCCACAGUUUUGGAUUAAUGUCACACAAAGGCCAACAUUUGAAAAAGCACUGGAGCAACUCAUUGAAAGGUCACAUCCUCUUGAGAACUCAAAUCGAACUGUGCUGGUUGUAGGUGGGGUCCAGUGGAUUAAUCCAAAUCACCUACAAAUAAUUAACAAAGUAUUAAAGAGGCAAAAUCUUUCCAAUAUUUUGACAAUCAUAAAAUCCAUAGGGAUGGGUUUUCAUCUGCCAGUACAGGGUAUUCGUUCCUUAUCAUUGGAGCAAAUAAAAAAAUUAUUUGACGAAAACAUACUCAUCUUAAAAGGGGCAAAAGUAUAUGGCUUUGAAGUUGUUGACACGUUUAGUAUCACGAUGGGACGGUACAAGGAAUUUCUUCAAGGAAAAUGUGGAUGUCACUUUCAUGAGCCACAUUAUGUGCAGUGGUAUCAGUAG